AUGGUUCAUUUAGGUCCAAAGAAACCACCUACUAGAAAGGGAUCCAUGGCAGAUGUCCCUCAAGAGUUAUUGAAUGAAUUAAAGACUUGUGAAGAUAUUUUCACUGUUUCUGAUGAAACUUCUCGUGCUGUUGUCAAACAUUUCAUCAGUGAAUUAAAUAAAGGUUUAUCCAAAGAAGGUGGUAACAUUCCAAUGAUUCCAGGUUGGGUCAUGGAAUAUCCAUCUGGUAAAGAAUCUGGUGAUUUCUUGGCUAUCGAUUUGGGUGGAACCAACUUAAGAGUUGUUUUGGUCAAAUUAGGUGGUGACCGUACUUUCGACACAACUCAAUCUAAAUAUAAGAUUCCAGAUGGUAUGAGAGUAACUAAAGAUAGAGAAGAAUUAUUUGCUUUUAUUGCUGACUCAUUAAAGGCUUUCAUUGAGGAAGUUUUCCCAGAUGGUGUCACCGGUACUUUACCAUUAGGUUUCACUUUUUCUUAUCCAGCUUCUCAAGAUAAGAUUAACGAAGGUAUUUUGCAAAGAUGGACUAAGGGUUUCGAUAUUCCAAAUGUUGAAGGUCAUGAUGUUGUUAAGCUAUUGGAAAAACAUUUGAAGGAACAAAAAAUUCCAAUUGAAAUUACUGCUUUGAUUAAUGAUACUACUGGUACUUUAGUUGCUUCUUUAUACACUGAUUCUGAAACAAAGAUGGGUGUUAUUUUCGGUACUGGUGUUAACGGUGCUUAUUAUGAAGAUGUCGCUGAUAUUCCAAAAUUGGAAGGAAAGUUGGCUGAUGAUAUUCCAAAGGAUGGUCCAAUGGCUAUCAAUUGUGAGUACGGUUCUUUCGAUAACGAACAUCUAGUCUUGCCAAGAACUAAAUAUGAUAUUUUAGUUGAUGAACAAUCUCCAAGACCAGGCCAACAAACUUUUGAAAAAAUGACUUCCGGUUAUUACUUAGGUGAAUUAUUACGUCUAGUCUUAGUUGAUUUACAUUCUAAGGGUUUAAUCUUAAAGAACCAAGAUAUGACUAAAUUAAACCAAGAGUAUAUCAUGGAUACAUCUUAUCCAGCCAAGAUUGAAGAAGAUCCAUUUGAAAACUUAGAAGAUACUGACGCCUUAUUGAAAAAGGACUUAGGUAUCAAUACUACUGUCCAAGAGCGUAAAUUGAUUAGACGUUUAUCUGAAUUGAUUGCUACAAGAUCUGCACAUUUGUCUGUUUGUGGUAUUGCUGCUAUCUUCCAAAAGAGAGGUUACAAGACUGGUCAUGUUGCUGCCGAUGGUUCUGUUUAUAAAAUGUAUCCAGGUUUCGUUGAAAGAGCUGCUGAAGGUCUCAGAAAGAUUUACGGUUGGACCCCAGGACCAAUUGACGAAUAUCCAAUCAAAAUCUGUCCUAGUGAAGAUGGAUCAGGAGCUGGUGGUGCUAUCAUUGCUGCUCUUGCUCAAAAAAGAAUUGCUGCUGGUAAAUCUGUUGGUAUCCUUGGUGCUUAA